AUGGCUUUAGACACAUUGGAUUACUCGGUCAUGGUGGGCUUGGCGCUCGCCGUGUUGGCAUACUUUGGAAAGGAGUAUAUUUGGCCGCUGGAUGAUGGAACCAGUGCUGGUUUCGUGGCGUCAGCGCCUGGAGGAGGCACGUCUCGGAGUAUUGUCGAGACACUCAAAUCCACCAAAAAGAACGUGGUUGUGUUCUACGGAACUCAGACCGGUACGGCCGAGGACUAUGCUUCGAAAUUGUCCAAGGAAUUGGCUUCUAAUUUUGGCUUGAAGACGAUGACCGCAGAUGUGGCCGAUUACGACUUUGAGGAUUUCGACAAAAUUUCCUCUGACGCCUUGUGUUUCUUCUUGAUGGCCACCUACGGUGAGGGAGAGCCCACCGACAACGCCAUUGACUUUGUGAACUACUUGGAUAACGAAGCUGAUACGUUGUCCAACUUGCGGUUUUCCGUGUUCGGUUUGGGAAAUUCCACCUACGAAUUUUACAAUGCCAUCGGCAAAAAAGUCGACCAAAAAUUGGAGGAGUUGGGUGCCGAGAGAUUCGCGGAGUACUCGCAGGGUGACGAUGGUUUGGGCACCAUGGAUGAGGACUUUUUGGCGUGGAAAGAUGCCGUUUUUGAAUCGUUGGAAAACAAUUUGGGUUUCGAACGUAAGGAGGCUCAUUACGAGCCCUCCUUGAAGCUUGUAGAAAACGCCUCGUUGACCAAAGAUGAUCCUUCGGUGUCGCAGGGUGAGCCUUCCAAAGCCUACGUCAAAAGUGCAUCCAUUGAAGGUCCUUAUGACCAUCAAAACCCAUACAUUUCCAAGAUCACCAAAACUCGUGAGUUGUUCAACUCUAGUACCAGAUCGUGUGUUCACGCUGAAUUCGACUUGUCUGCCUCCAACAUGAAAUAUUCCACCGGAGACCAUUUGGCAAUUUGGCCCUCCAAUUGCGACGAAAACGUCCUCAAAUUUUUGAAGGCUUUCGGAUUGGAGAAGAAACUUGACACUGUGUUCGACCUCAAGGUUUUGGACUCCACUGCCCGUACCCACUUUCACACACCCAUCACUUAUGGUGCCGUUAUAAGACACCAUUUGGAGAUUUCGGGACCAAUUUCUCGUCAGUUUUUAUCGUCGAUUGCCGGCUUUGCGCCAACUGAAGAGGCCAAGGAAACUGCCAAGAACUGGGGUAGCAACAAGGGAUCUUUUGCUAAGGAAAUUCAUGAAAAAUCGUUCAAUAUUGCCGAUGCUCUCUUACACAUUAGCGGCGGUGAACCAUGGACUGAUGUUCCUUUCGAGUUCCUUAUCGAGCUGAUUGGCCAUCUCCAGCCUCGUUACUACUCCAUCUCGUCGUCGUCGGCAUCUGAAAAGCAGCUGAUCCACAUUACCGCGGUGGUGGAGAACGAGAAGAAGGGCGAUGUUCUUGUUUCCGGAGUCGUCACCAACUUGUUGAAACACAUCGAGAUCGACCAGAACAAAACCAAGGAAAAGCCCUUUGUACAUUAUGACUUGGACGGGCCUCGUGGAAAGUUUUCCAAGCACAAACUUCCAGUGCAUGUUAGGCGGUCUACCUUCAAGUUGCCCAACAGUCCGUCGGUGCCAGUGAUUUUGAUUGGUCCAGGUACUGGUAUUGCACCAUUUAGAGGGUUUGUUCGUGAGCGUGUGACCCAGAAAAAGAACCAGGAUGUCAAGAUUGGUAAGACUCUUGUGUACUAUGGAUGUCGAAACGAAAACGAAGACUUUUUGUACAAGGAAGAAUGGCCCCAGUAUGCCCAAGUUUUGGGAGAUUCGUUUGAAAUGCACACAGCAUUUUCGAGAAAGGACCCCAAUGCCAAGCUGUAUGUCCAGCACAAGGUUGCCGAGAACGGAAAGGAAAUCAACCGGUUGUUGGAGCAAGAAAAAGCCUAUAUUUAUGUGUGUGGAGAUGCCCUGAAAAUGGCCCGUGAUGUGCAAAAAGCGUUGACCAAGGUGAUUGCCGAAGAACGAGGCGUGAGCGAAGAGCGUGCCGCCGAGCUCAUCAGAUCACUCAAGACGCAAAACAGGUACCAGGAGGAUGUGUGGUAG